AUGUCUAUAGUGUCACUGCUUGGAAUCAACGUUUUGAACAACCCAGCCAGGUUCACUGAUCCGUACCAAUUUGAGAUCACUUUCGAGUGUCUCGAGCCUCUGAAGGAGGAUCUCGAGUGGAAACUGACUUACGUGGGGUCGUCGCGAUCGCUUGAACACGACCAGGAGCUGGACUCGAUCCUGGUGGGCCCUGUGCCGGUAGGCGUGAACAAAUUCAUUCUCACUGCAGAUGCGCCGUCACCGGAGCUAAUUCCUGCCAGCGAGCUCGUGUCUGUGACGGUGAUCUUGCUCAGCUGCUCAUACCGAGAGCGCGAGUUUGUGAGAGUUGGAUAUUAUGUGAAUAACGAGUACGACUCUGAAGAGCUCCGCGAAAACCCUCCAUCCAAAGUCCAAGUCGAGCAUAUUGUGCGCAAUAUCCUGGCCGAGAAGCCGCGAGUGACGAGGUUCAACAUUGUGUGGGACAACGAGGAGGAGGAGGAGUAUCCUCCGGAAGAGCUAGAGGAAGAGGAAGAGGACGAUAAAGAGACAGUUGGAGACGAAGAAGAGGAGGACGAGGAUGAAGAAGUAGAGGAAGAGGAUGAUGAAGAGGAGGCCGACGAGGAGGCUGAAGAAGCUGAAGAGGUAGAGGAGGUGGAGGAAGUCGAAGAGGUGGACGAGGCUGACGAGGAGCCAGAAAAAAAAUAG